CCCCUCCCCGCCUCCAGGGGGCGCCGCCAAGGGCGCGGCGGCCUCCGAGCGCGGCCAUCCCGGUUCCUGUGGGGCUCCUCCGCGCUCCUUCCCGGCUCCUCCGCGACCCUUCCCGGAUCCUCCGCGCCCCUUCCCGGCUCCUCCGCCACCCCCGCCCUCAGCCAUGUUGGCCUGCCGAGGCCCGGCCCUGUGCACCGCGCUGCGGCGAGCAGCGCCCGGCGGCCUCGCUUCCUUCCACUCCUCCGCUCCGCGCUGCCGCGCCGCCCGCGUCGCCGUGGUCCUGUCUGGCUGUGGUGUCUAUGAUGGCACAGAAAUCCACGAGGCAUCAGCUGUACUGGUUCACCUGAGCCGUGGGGGAGCUGAGGUUCAGAUGUACGCUCCAGAUGUCCCUCAGAUGCAUGUCAUUGACCACAGUAAAGGGCAGCCAGCUGAAGCUGAGUCUAGGAAUGUUUUAGUGGAAUCUGCCAGAAUUGCUCGUGGUAAAAUCGCAAGCCUGGCUAAGCUCACUACAGCAGACCACGAUGCUGUGAUAUUCCCCGGUGGAUUUGGAGCUGCCAAAAACUUAUCUACCUUUGCUGUUGAUGGGAAGGAUUGCAAGGUGAACAGAGAAGUUGAGCGAGUCCUGAAAGACUUCCACAAAGCAGGGAAACCUAUUGGCCUGUGCUGCAUUUCCCCAGUGCUGGCAGCAAAGGUGCUCUCUGGUGCUGAGGUGACUGUGGGCCACGAAGAAGAGGAAGGGGGCAAGUGGCCUUAUGCUGGGACUGCAGGAGCCAUCAAAGAGCUGGGAGCAAAACACUGUGUGAAAGAAGUAACCGAAGCUCAUGUGGAUACAAAAAAUAAGGUGGUGACCACCCCAGCAUUUAUGUGUGAAACAGCAUUACACCAUAUCUUUGAUGGCAUUGGAGCAAUGGUAAAGAAUGUGCUAAAAUUAACUGGCAAAUAAAAUCAGAAAUGUUUAAAUUUAGGUUAUAGUAUCAAACAUGUCAUGGACCAAUGGAGACCUUUGCACCUGCUUGUCCUGCUCACACUCUAGUGAAUGCUGAUAUGAAGCUGACUGAUUCCCAGCUGCAGGAUUUUCCAUGCCUUUUUGAGAGAUGGGCAUUGCAGAGGACAAGGAGCCUGGCCCGAGACACAGGAUUUUCUUGAGCUGUUCCAUCUGGAGAGAGCUGACUGGAUGUGUUCUGAAACAAAAUCUUCCCAACACACCAAUGUCAAACCAGUUGUAAGGGGGAAAAAGAGACUCAAGGCUCUUUCAGAAGCUGAGGGCAGAUGUGUUGUAGGGAUUUGGGACAUGGCAACAUAUUUAGUGGAUGAAGAACGGGAGUAGAGGAAUGAAUGUGUGGUUCAAGGUGUCUAAGCUCAGGCCUGUAUCUGGGAACUAACAGCCAGGGUCAUCUUUGAGGGAAAAGAAAAUUGGAAUCUUCCACAUCCUAAUUUAAUCCGGUAUUAAUGAAAAAGUUUUUGUUUAAAUUUCGAAGAAUCCCACUUUCACAGAGCCAUUCUGAACAUUGAUCAGCAGCAGGACGCAACUGCCACAACAGCAGCACUUUGAAAAACUCAUCCAUUGGCCCAUUAUAGUUUUAAAAGAUCUUGAAAUGAAGAAGAGAAUAAUAUCAGCUGACGUGACGCACAACUCUUAAGGACAGCACCCCGUUAAAGCAGUUGUAUGACAAGUAGUGAAUGGAAAAAACAAUCUCAAAUUAUCCUAACUUCCCCUGCUUCAGGGCAAUAAAGCUUUCCCCAGAGAAGUAUUAUUGAAUGUCUGGAAUAAUGAUGUAUAAAUAAAUUAAUUUCUGCCUUUAUCUUA